AUUGCGUCAGAUAUAUUCCGGUCAGUCCGUAGAUUCAUUUAGUCAUGCGACUCAUCGAUAUCUCGACGGACCAAGUAUAAGUACUACAGCUUUAGGAAGAUGGUAACCAACUACAUCUAGCUCAUCUAAUCUCCUACCUCAACGACUACCAGCAUUCAACAUUCAUCACAUGGCUCAAGCACAGAUCACCCUUUACACUGCGAAGGUAUGCCCUUACGCUCAAAGGACUGAAAUUGCCCUCGCCGAGGUUGGCGCUCCAUUCAAAAGAUGCGAGAUCGAUCUAGGGAAUAAGCCAGAGUGGUACGCCCCAAAGGUGAACCUUGCCAGUAAGGUACCGGCUCUUGCUUAUGGUGGUCCCGAUGUAGCCCCAGAAAAUCCUUCUCCCGAGUCUACCAAAUUGGCAGAGUCUCUCAUCCUCGUCGAGUUCAUCGGCGAUUUGUACCCCUCCUCCGGUAUUGUACCUGCGGACCCUGUACUGCGCGCCAAGGCCCGUUUCUUCAUCGAGGUCGUAUCCACUAAAUUCAGUCCCAAUUUCAUGAAGUUUGCAACCGGAAACCCAGAAGCAACUCAUGCCGUUCUCCUGUCCAGCGUGGAAGCCAUUCAGGACCUUAUACCUGAGGGUGCAAAAUACGCUGUUGGCGAUCAGUACACCAUUGCAGACAUCGCAUUCACGCCGUUCUGGGCAAGAUUGAGUGUAUUGGCGCAGAAGGGAAUUGGUGCUUACAAAGAUGAGGAGAGGAAGAGCUUCUUGAAGGGUUUGGAGGACCCCAAGUAUGCGAAAUUCAAUGGUUACGUGCAAAGGUUGCUAGAAAGGCAGAGCUUCAAAUCCACAUUCCACGAGGACGUUGUGGAAGAGGUUUUCAAGAGAAGAUUCGGCUUGGCGAAAUAAGCACAUAAGAGGACAUUGUCAACUGUAAAAUAUCAAGAUAGUGUAACCAUCAUUAAAUUGACUCGUUCAGACUGAUUUUCUAUCGAGUGGUCGACGGCUCAAGUAGAGUUGACGAGCUGCGCCA